GUUCCUUCGAUAGAUCCAGGCAAAUUAUCGAUGACAAAAUAUACAAAAUAAUUGUUUUUAUCGCGAAUUGCCAACGCUCUGUACAAGUGAUGUACGAAACGAGUUAAAUACAGCACAAAACGAACGGAUAAAAGCUGCACGCUGGGCGUAUCGAGACAAAGAGGGCGUGGCGAAUCGAAAUAUAGCACCAUCCAAUCCCCAGAAGACGCGGCGUAAACGUAAUAUGCAAAAAUCGCUACCAUGAAAAAGGGCAAGGGAUCAAGCUCCCUUGGAUCGAAGGAAUCAUCUGGGAGACCAUCCUCGUCAGUCCUGGUGUCCAAGGAGUGCGCGAGACUUGCGGACUCUUCAGGAUCGGCGGGGUUCCAGCAGGACGGCAAGAAGCAGCUGCCGGAGCGGGAUGACUCGCUGGAUGCCAAGGAAUCUGCAGGAAUGGAAACAGAGUCGAUUAGCAAUCGGCCAUUGAACGAUGAGCCAUUGAAAGAUGAACCUAACCAAAGCGAGUGCACUGGCAUUUCCACCAUCCCGGCGAUUGAUAAACUACGCCGCUUCUGCUUUAUUGGCUCCACGGACGAGCCCGUCUAUGCCAGGCCCGCACUGGACCUUGCUGUCGAGAACAACUUCGCAUCGCUGAAGGAACUCUGCUCCCAAGUGAGCGAAAACGAGCUGGUCGAGUGCUUGGUGAGCGUUUUGGGCAGCGGACCGAAUACGGAGCACCUUCCCCGACCCGACGAGCCGCUCCUAGUCCUGGCUGUUUUCUUUGCCACGUGCGAAGACGAGAAGAAGCGAAAUGCAGUGCGAAAUAGAUUCACCGACCUGAUCACCAGCGAAUCGGAUCUCCUGCUGUUCGUCCAGCUGGUCAAGCGAGUCCAGAAGGUGCUCGAACGUAAAACGCCCUUCAAUCGCACAGUGCGGAAGGCCGUCCUCAACUGGUAUGGCACGAAAUCGCUUGACCGCCUUCUCCACUUCUGGUCCGUAGGCGAUGGAACUCGUUGGCCUGCGCAUCGCGACCUGCUGUACCGCUGCCAUUUUCGGCAUGCCAAUUUUUUACCGGAAAUCAUUGCUGCCUUAAGGCUGCUCUCAUCAUCGCCAAAGGAGCUAUCGCAGUGGCCUGAUUUUUUGACGCCCUUGACCAGCUUUCGCGAAACCAUUGAGGGUGUUGUGAAGCUUCGGCUCCUCAAGGAUCGCGGGCAGGCUCUCCCCAUUGUGAAGAAGUUGUCGCUGAGCUGGGAGCAUGUGCCAUUCCAUUUGCUUCACGACCCCGGGCUGGCGCAUUUCCUCGUUCCACGCAUGAGCUACGAGCAACUCCUUCAAAAAUGGCCACGCCUCUCGCGACUGCACUCCCGAGUGCGCCCCUUUGCUGAGCAAUUGCUGGACCAGAAGAAGCUUAAGGCGAGCAAUGUACCGCCCGUGCGUCUGCUGCUGGAGGAUAUGCGUCUCAGGAAGCCCAAAAAAAAGUGUCCAACUUCGUUCCAAAAGGCGAGUUUCCUGUAUAGCGUCUACGAGAUAUCCUUUGGCCUGAACAAGGCACUCGGCAGGCGACUGCACAUUACGCUCAAUCUGGAGCGGGCCUACCUGGGCAAAUACCUUUCUGGUCCAUGUCGUUCGCUCAAGUACUUAGACGCCCUGGUGGCAUUGGCUUUUGGCUAUUUCCGCAGCGACCCGAAGGUGACGGUGGAGUUUUGGCACGACCGCAGUGGCCAGUUGAAGGCGCUGCCUUGGACAAAGGAGAUGUCUGUUUCAGAGGCCACGGCCUGUUGCGAGAAUCAGAAGGUGGGCAAAGUCAGGCAAUCGCUAAAUGAAAUUCUGUCCAGGGCGCUACUGGAUAAGCAGAAUACGUUCGACGUGUUUUUGGUACUCGUGCCGGGUGCCGCGCGCGGAAAUCCGGAAAAUAAUUCAAAGUGCUUGGCUGCUCUAAUGGACGAAUAUCGCGAAAAGCGAAGCUCCAAUGCUAAAUUCAUUAUGGUGAGCCUGCGGCAGCAUCAACGCUCCAUGAUAUAUUCCAGCCGACGAAACGAGAACUUGUUAGAGUUGUGCAGCCUGGAUAAGCACACUCCGCGUGUGAUUAACGCAUUUGUCCGCAAUAAGUUCUACUAGGCGGAGAAAUGCACUUCAAAAAUCCGACGACCACUUCAUCGCACAACUGCAGGCGCAAAACAGUUCCAUUUGUUGAAUGACGGUGGCCAUCGGUUAGUUGCCAUCGGUCAUCUCUCUCGCUUUCAUUGAUGCCUGGUCGUUCGCUUUCGUGUAACAUAUAUAGGCCCUUGGUGUGUAAUCGUUUUAGAACCAGGCCAACUCAAUGCUACAUUCAUAUUUACGUACUACUAAUUGUAAUAGUUGCAUCCCGGAAUCCAGAAUUCAUAAUUCCUAUCGGGCUAGUAAGAUAUUAUUAUCGCUCGUUUUGUGUAAUGAAAUUUGUAUUAGCAUUUGUAAUUUUUACUCGAUUUGGUGGAUUAAUUUUGUUGAAAUCAAACUGAAUCAACUGAACUGAACUCAAUCUAAAUUCAAUUUGGAUUUAAAACAAUCUCAAUAAAAUCGCAAGCGCAAGCAACAACAAAAAAACCGACAUAAAAACCAAACAAAUUGCCUUACAAACAAAAAUGUUAGUAAAACUUUCAUUUUAGUUUAGACUUUUUCAAAAAUUGAAUACUGGAACUGAAACACAAUUUAUGGCAUUUAGAUAAAGUUAAAGUUAAAUAUAAACUAAUCGUAUGGCCUAUGUAUUGAAUAUUAAUCUAACGUAACUUUAAAAUAGUCCAAGUCAAAGCAAUAAUCACCAAUCACUAAGCAAAUCCAGUUAUAGCCUCAGAUCUUUUAUAGAUUUUUGUUGUGCUCGAAUAGAAUCGAAUUAAAUUAGCUAAAUAGUUGAAACGCGUACAAGGCAAAAAUUAAAGGAAAAACAAAAACUCCCAAUGUGCCAUACACAACCCACAGCCCACAAAACACAUUCACCCCAAACACUCGAUCAGUAUACAUAUUUAUUAGGUUUGUGCAAAAUUGCCGAACCGAAACCAAAUAGAGAACAAUAACGAAACGACAAGCAAACGCUACCAAUUUGACUAAAAUUAGUUAAGUGAAAUUAUACUCAAAUUACGAUUAAAUUACAUUUACUUGUACAGAAAGCAAAGCAACCGAUUUGGAAGAUAAGCAAAAGCCAACUGAAAAUAGGAAAAUUGAAAUCGAAAAUUAACUAACCAGAAAUCGAAAGGACAAAAAAAUAGGAAAUAUUUCCACGGACAUUUCUAACCAAAUGUUUCCACACGCGUCUGUGAAGUAAACCGUUGUGAUCGCUUUAGAUUUUGAUUUAAACAAAACAUAAAUACAAAACUACAAACUACUAAAUACUGAAUACUGGAUACAAAAACAGAUAAGCCGGAACAUGAGCCGCAACAGGCAGCUAUAAGUUGUUUUAUAUAUUUUGUAAACUCGAAAUCAUUAGGAGCGGAACCGAAAAGUACCUAUACAACAAAAGCUAAACUAAAAAUGAAACUGAUACUGCAGAGCCAACCGAUUGAACUCCAAAAACCCAACAGAAUUACGGAUAAUGUAUUCAACUGCCCGAGGUAAAUCCCGAAUAAGAUUGUCGGUAGGAAGACGAGAGGAUCUAUGGACUACCGCAGAGUGUAUGCACUUUACAGACUUUGAAUUUAUUGUUACUAAUGUUAGGGCUAAGUUCUAACCUCUCUAAACGUUUUGACCCUAAGAAUUAUUUAAAGAUACGCAACAGAAUUCCACAGUGAAAUGAGUAAGGAUUCGAACGUAUUUGUUCCUCGCCUAUUAUUUAUUUUACAUCCAUUUAUGUUUGCUAUCGGCUUUAGCCGAUUAAGAUAACAUGCGUAUGCGUAAGAAAAAUGCAGAGACAUACAUUUUUACGCAUUCCAAUUUCAAAAAUUGUAUUGAUUUUUGUAUUAUUAGAUUUAACGCGUUUAUUUAUUGUAAAAGUUACAAUUCAGUUUGUAAAGUGUAUUUCACCCAAACAACAGUAAAGUCACCGAAAUGUUGAAGCACUGAAAAAGUAAAACAAAAAACUGAAGCCAAGGAAACACAUUUCAGUUAGAGAAAAUUUUAAUAAUGAAAAUUAUUGUUGUUGAUCAAAUCAAAUCAAUUUAAAGGAAACUAAAAAUAAAACCAAAACUGAAACUGAAAUCGACUCGAAACGAAUUGAAUUAAAUCCGUAGUAAAACAGCAACAAGAAGCAAAACAUCAUGUGAUAUCUAUUUCAAAAAUAAAUCGAUUGACAAACUAAAAGAAGACCUUACCAUACAGAAGCAGAAUAUAGUAAAAUUAGCCUAAAGCCACGAAGCGUUCAGAAAACGGAGUUUCGAAGACGAAAUCGAUUUUUUUAUAGUUUUUCGUUGAUGAGUUACGUAAGAUCCCGAACCACAGAUCCAUUUAGUAAGAACCACAUCAUCAGUAAUAUACGGCUCGACUUUGACUCUCUCUUUCUCGCCCCUGGCCCCGCACUAUCAAUGUAUCUCUUUCUGUCUUUAGUGUUAGUCGAAAUUCGGAUUGUACGCGAAUUUCCAAAAUGUUCAACUCCUUGCUAACGUAUUCCAGAAGGUUUUUAUAAGCAUAUACAUAAACGUAUACAUACUUCUUAUACACUACCCUAGGCUAACGUUGAAUAAAUUCUGAAUGAUUCGAACCGCA